GUCCCUCGCGGGCCGCCGUGUGCCGGUGCGCUCCGCUGCCGCGCUCUCCGCCUCUCGUCUCGUCCGCCGCCCGGCCCGGCCCGGCCGCUGCCCCGCCAUGAGCGACAAGGGCGAGCUGGACCUCACCGGCGCCAAGCAGAACACCGGCAUGUGGCUGGUGAAGGUCCCCAAAUACUUGUCACAACAGUGGAGUAAAGCUUCAGGAAGAGGUGAAGUGGGAAAACUAAGGAUUGUCAAAAAUCAAGGAAGAACGGAAGUGUCAUUUACUUUGAAUGAAGAGCUUGCAAGCAUCAGUGAUAUUGGAGGAAAGCCCGCUUCAGUCAGUGCACCAAGGGAACAUCCAUUUCUUCUGCAAAGUGUGGGAGGACAGACCUUAACAGUGUUCACAGAAACUUCAGUAGAAAACCAAUCAGAAGAAAAAUCAGAAAGUGGCAGCACUGAUAAACUUGCCUUGGAAGGAAUAGUGGUGCAACGCGCUGAAUGCAGACCUGCAGCUAGUGAAAAUUAUAUGAAGCUGAAAAGAUUACAGAUAGAAGAAUCUUCUAAACCUGUAAGGUUAUCCCAGCAGCUGGACAAAGCUGUAACCACGAACUAUAAACCAGUGGCUAAUCAUCAGUAUAAUAUUGAAUAUGAGAAGAAGAAGAAAGAAGAUGGAAAAAGAGCUCGAGCUGAUAAACAACAAGUGUUGGACAUGCUUUUUUCAGCCUUUGAGAAACAUCAGUAUUACAACAUUAAAGACCUGGUGGACAUAACCAAACAGCCAGUGAUAUACUUGAAAGAAAUUUUGAGAGAAAUAGGCAUCUACAAUGUGAAGGGGACCCACAAAAACACAUGGGAGCUGAAGCCGGAAUACAGACAUUACCAAGGAGAAGAAAAGAGUGAUUAACAAAAUAUUUAUGAUGUAAGAGUGAUUGCACACAGGGAUCUGUGGUGUUCACAGAGAGGACUGAGCACAGUGCAAUUCUGCAAGGAUAAAGAUAAAUUAAAGCAGCUGAUACUUUGUAAUUUUCUGUAGCUUUUCCCCCCAAGGAAUACUUCUUGUAUGUUUCUAUAUAUGCUUUGUCUUUUGACAGGAAAAGUUUAUAGAAUAAAUUUGUAUUAGAUUUAUCUUUAUUAGAAAUCUUCUGAGUUCUCCUCUUACUUUUUCUUCGUAGCUUCAUGGCUUUUCCUAGUCUUGAUAACUGAUGGAAAAUGUGUCUUAGAGGAAACCAUAACUUUGUGGGUUUGCAUUCCAGUGUAACCAGGUUAAUACCCUGGGUUCUGCUGGGAUCUGUCAGGGCUUUGUCUGGAAGCCUGCAAAUGUGCACAACCCUUUGUGCAGUGUCUGUGUGGAAUGGACAUGCUGCUCCUCCUGGUAUCAGGCUUUAGGAAGAACAGCCACAACCAUGGUGCUCAUCACAAUCCUUAGACUCCCUGGGAACAAACCAAUGCAGUUAAAAACCCAUAAAGUGAGUGGGAAGAUGUCAGUCCCCUCCAUGUGAUUACUGAGAAAAAAUGACAUGUCUGUUAGGUACAGGAAGGAACAAUUUUCUCUUUUGUUUGGUUUUUAUGCUGAUAUCUAUGUUCUGUUUAAGUAUAUCAAUAAAAGUAUUAUUUUAAUUUGUGGCACACAAUAUUGACUUGAACACAUUAUGAUUUAGGUGGGAUAAGUCUGAAGUGUUUGUUCAAAGCAUGUUUUUAUUGCUGGCUUUGCCACUGGGUUCCUCUGUGGUUUGGCAAAGAUUGCUAAAUGUGUCUGUGUCUCUAUUCCCCCAUUUUUUAAAUGCACACUGCAAGGGUUAUUCCUUCAACAUCCUUUUUAGGAGGGAGCAGGGAAGGAACUAUUUAAUGAUAUUCUCAAAGCUUUUAUGUUAGAGCAAAGAACACAGAGUGGAGAUAACCUCAUUAUUACACCUGUAAAUUAAGCAGGUGAGGUUUGAUAGCUCAGCUUUCACAUUCUCUCAUGUCCUUCAGGUGUACGCAUCAUUGCGGCUCACCCUGAUGCCACAGGAGGUCUGUGUGAGAAGCAGACAUUCCAUUAUUGGUCCACUUGGAAGCAGUGAAAGGCUUAGAGAGUGGUCAAAUGCUUUCAGAGGUCUGUAAAACCACUCUUAUACAUAAGUCACACAAUUUUGCUCAAUUCAUUUUUUUCUAGAGUUGUUUGUUUAGGUAUCUCUCUACAGCUACACUUUGGGCUGGUGCUCAGCAUCCUGUGGCAUUAAGUGCCCAGUUCCCAGAGAGGGACUGCUGAAAGUUUUGAAGAGCAGCUCCCAUUCCAGGGGGGUGUGUGCUUUCAUAAAUACUGCCACUGACUCGUGUCUCCUCAGGCUCUACAGCAGGACCCAGCUGGCAGAUGGCUGCAGGAGCCAUCUGAGGAUGCUGAGAGGAACACAGGAAAUCAGCCUUUGUGUCUUGCUGGAACACAAAGUGCUCCCGGGCAGUAGCCAGGGCCUGCUCACACUCCUGUCCUCAUUGUACAGCUCGAGUCCUCUGUGGGAUCUGUGUCCUGUUUCAGCAGGUGAAGCUGAAGCACCCAGCAAGUCUAGGUAAGCUUCUCCAUUUUAUUGCCCCUCAUAUGAUCCUCUAAAACCAUGCAGGGAGAUGCCAUGCAAUCCUGGUUAAGUUGUGGUGUAAUUCCUUACCACAGGCAGAAAUGACUGUGACUUUGCAGAGAGAAAUGGUUACCUUGAGUGGAAUCUCCAGCAGGAAAGUUUAGGAUCUGCUUGUAUUUCUGGUUUUAUGUGAGCUGGUUCAGAGUUUGUCUUCAGUCGAGAGGGACAUGAUCAGUCAGCAUGAAAUGCCUGAACAUGUAAGUAAAGGAGGUAUUUUACUGAUCUGCAGAGAGCCUUUGGACAGGGUAAAUAAGCUCUGCUCAGGAGUAAUGGAAAAUGUGCAGAGCACUACGUUUUUUAUGGGGUUUAUGGUGUUUGCAAAGGGCUGAUUUUUUAUGGGUAUCAUUAAAAACGUGUAGAGUGCUAGAAGUAAACAGAAAAAAGAAGCAGUGGGGUUUUCAACCAGUGAGCAACCAGAAAAGUUGAGGAAUGCCGAAUUGUACUUCUGUGAAGUAGCAUCAGUUAUAAAUAACGAGCAGGACAGUGAGGAAACACCAUUUCAAAAAUGGAAAUGCUGUGUCAGAGUAAACUAAGAAAAGAUAACCAGUGGAGAGUCCAGAUGCCAGGUAGCUUGUGAGCUACUUUUUGACCUGCUUCCUGUGUGAUUUUCAAGUUUUUCUGGCAUGUUAGGGGAUAAUUGGAAUUUUACCCUCAAAAGCUGCUACAGAAUCCAAGUGGCAUGAGAGAAGGGAACAAUGAGCCCACAGAGAUGCUGAUCUAAAGCAUGAAAGAUGCUCUCCUGUGCUGGCAGCAGGACAUGUGCCAUGCAUUCAAAGACUCUGCUGGCUCCUGCCUGGUGGGAGCAUGUGGUAAAGAUGAAGGUGGAAUUUUUAGGUGCCCUUGGCAGGUCAUCAUCCAGCCUGCAUCUGAGCCAUGGGAUCUUACAGUACAAACCAUUGCAGAGACAGAAGCAGCAAGAUAAAUAUGCUGCUAUGAUCCCCAUAUUCUACCUUCUGCAGUAACCCAGGGCACUGCAGGACUAAAUUCAAGGCUGGGAUAAUGACUGAGCAUUUGGGAGAACCUCGUUUGGAUCCAUCACUUAAUAACCAGCAAAACCUCUACAGCUCUGCUGUACUUGUUCUGCACAACACCCUUACACAAAUGCUGUUUGGCAGGAUUUCCAUCUGCCAGAAGAGAAGAGGAGGCUCGGGGACAUUCAGGUCUUAUUCCCUGGCCCCCACAUUUGGAUUAAUUUAAACUCUGGACUCACAGCAGUGAUGAACAAUUCCCUGCUGGUCUUCCCAUGUGCUGCUGUCUCUGCUCGAUGCUGAACUCUGCUCAUGCAGAUGUUCUUGAAUAUUAGCGGUCAAAAUGCUGCUUGGUGAGAAGGUCCCACAUGAGCAGAAGUUUCUGUGUGCUAAAUGCCAUUAAAUGAGAUUAAAAGCAUGUCCACUCUCCAGCCUUGCUUGACCUGAACGACCAGUUUGAGUCAUUGGAAAUUGCAUACACAGGAAGCUCGGGCAGUACCAGCAGGGACCUGAGCAGACAGGAGGUGACAGCCACCCCUUUAGAGAUCCCCUGCUCACUCAACCUCCCUUCUAUUUCCCACCCCACCAGGGAAAUUCUCCUCCAGAGGACGAGCAUCAAAGUAAAGCUUGUGUGUUGAGAAAGAACAGUUUAAUAACUGAAAAUUAGUAAAAUACAGUAGUAAUGGUAAAAAAUUAUUAAAAUGCUAAUAAAAAAGGAAAAACAAGUGAUGGACAAUACAAGUGCUCAUCACCCUCUGACUGAUGGCAGAACCCCCCCUUAUGGGUAAGUGCCCCCGUUUAUAUACUGGGCACGGCCUUCUGUGGUGUGGAAUAUUCUGUGGUGUGGUGAGCCCAGGGCCUUUGUUCUAGCUGUGCUUUCCCCCCGCCCUGUUUCUUUUGCAUCCCUUCUCACUGGCAGCACAAGAGACAACAGAAAAACGUCCUUGACCUAGGGUAAACACGACUUAGCAGAAAAACAUCGGUGUGUUACAAACACCACUCUGAUUCCAAAUCCAAAACACAGCACUGUAACAGCUACCGAGAAGAAAUUAACUCAGAAAAGAGCAGGGCUGAAAAUCAGGACAUGGGGGUACUGGCAUGGCAUGUGCUGCUGGGGGUGGCUGGCAGGCUGGGGCAGCUGCAGCUGGUGGGUGAAGGGCAGAGUUGAAACACCUUUUUGUGGGCAGCAUGAGGAAGCACCAGCAGCUGCAGGCAGUUCUGUGGCUGCAGCAGCACAGCUGCAGGGACAGCAAAAUCAUCCCUCCCUACUGCCAUGGGAGAGGCCAGGGGCACCCAGCUCGGGUCAGACACAGCUGUAGGUAGAGCAGCCAAACCUCAGCCUUGAACCAGACAACUCCAGUAGCAACACUGGGGUUUUAUUAGCUGAGGAGAACAGGAGUACACAGCUUUACAUGGUCAUUUUUCAACCACUCUGCUACAAGUAAUUUGGGAAGCUGAUCUUUAAAAAGCUUUCUCAACAUUUAUGCUCAUGGACAUUCCCUAUUAAAAAAAAAAACAAAAAAAACCAGCUGGACUGCUUUGUGCCAACACAUCUGCACCUCACUGAGAUAGGAAAAAGAGGUUUGCUCUCCCAAAUGCCAGCAGUGCUUCCUUCCUACUGCUGCUGGUUACAGAUGGGGAGGUGAAUCCCAUCUGAUAGCUCCCAGGAUAAAGUGUGGGCUGCAAAGAAAACAAUGGUUCAGCAUUUUAUCAAUAAAAGUCCAGCUGCUGCCACAUUUGGCAAUACUGGCAUCACACAACCAAAAUAGUCUUAAAAAUGUCUUCAAGGGUGUUUAGAUCCCUUCUGCCUCAGGUGGAAGGUGAUGAAUGCAGCUCUAGUGGAUUAAAAUGCCCAGCAGCCAUGUGCAUCCUCAACAACAUCCCACCCACUCCUGCAGAACACACUGGCAGGGUUGCCAGCAUUUGCUGGCACUCAAAAAGCUCCCUCAAGCCACCAGCCCUGGCCACAGGCACUUGGCUGUGAUCUUUGCACAACAGCUUCCAGCUGCAGCUUCCACCAAAAGGCAGCCAAGACACAAGGACUGCAAACCAGCAAGAUUGUGCCCUUGUGAAUGGAUUUGGUACUGUUUAGGGCAAAAACGUCCAGGCUUGGCUAGGGUUUUUGCCUCCUAUGAAGAUGUUUAUCCCUGAGCUAAUGAACAUGGGUGUUUAACUGCUGCUCUCCCACUGCCAGCUACAGUGACACAGAGAUUUCCUGGUGCAGAGCAAAACAUCCCGGCUUACAAUGGUAGCAACACCCCAGGGAAGUGGUACAGAGCUAAAGUGCAGAUGGAGGUUCAGGAGCAGAGGUAGACAUCUUAUCUGCUCCAAGUGAGCAGCAGAGUAUGAGAAAGCAGAAGUAUCUUCAUGUGGAUACUACUGCUCUUUAAUGAAAGCAUCCUCCCUGAACAUCUGCCCACUGCCAAGACUGAAGUGGGCUGACCUGUGCCAGCUCAACAGCCAGGGACUUGCUUAGGGAAGUAAGCAAAUUCCAGCUUUUCCAUUUUUUCCCAAAUUAAAAAAGUCUUAUUUUAUUUGGAAACAACCAUGUCCUGUGCUUAUUGUAACUGCCUUCUGGCUGUGAGCUAAACUGAGUGAAAAAUUCACAAAAAAAGCCCCCAACACCAAUCAAACCCAAUUGUGUUUCCUACAUACUUUCAUUUAGAAUCUUCCCUUUGCAUGUUCUCCCUCCUUGUGCCAAAGCUGAGGGCUGCACAAGGCGCAAACACCAUCACCCACUUGGGCUCUGGCAUCCCCCCCCAGGUCAGUGGGCAAAGCUGGGCACCCCAGAGGGGCAGUGGGGGACACCAGUGCCUCUCCCAGCACACCAGAUGUUCCCUGCACUGCAUGAACACCCCCAGGUCUGCACCCCUUCUCCUCAAAGCAGAUGGCCAAGCAGCAAAAUGGACAUUAACAUGAGGGUAUGGGGCAUGGAAAGUGUUUGGGGUUUUUUGCUUGCUUCCAGAGGGCAAAAACAGCAUGGAUGUGUAGGUGAGAUGGCAAAGACAAUAAUAAGACAUUGAGGGCAACAAGUCAAGGAGACAAUGGGACAUGUGCCCAGCACAGCAGCUGCUUCCUUCAGCCCAAGGGAUCACUCCUUUAACCACAGAAGUCUGAAACUAGAAAGGCAGGCUUGUUUCUCUUUUUAAGCAAAUCCACCUUCCUUCUCCUGUCAGAAUCCAGCUCCUAGUGGGUGCAGGAGUGGCCUCCUGGCCCACAGAGCCUGAGACCCCAGCCAGCAUAAGGAAGGUUUCUAACCAGCUGCUUAACCUGCUCCAUGAGGCUCAGGGAAAAUGCAAUUUGGAUCCUUCCCAAAUCCACUGAAAGUAUCUUUCCAGGAAUGAGAGAUGCAAGCCUGAUAAGCACAUUCUAAAACAAGACUGAGCGAAGUCUUAAAGCUGUCCUUCAGUUCUGUGUUUUAAGCAGCACCAAGCUAAUUUGUUAUCAUGGGGAAUUUUAUCAAUUUAAUAACUCCAAAGCUGUUGUCUGAAGCAUGAAGACUUUCCUUUCCAAACCACUUCAGCUUUUCAGGCCCAGGAACAAAACAGCUGCUUGAGCUGAAGAUGGGCCGGAAGAAGAG